AUGUUGAAGAUACCACAGACGUGGCUGCUGACAGCAAUCACCUUCUGUCAUGUCAUCGCUUGUCAAGGCAAUACAUCGAAACAACCGCAUAUCAUCUUCAUUCUAGCCGACGACCUUGCAAUCAAUGAUGUGGGUUUCCGUAACCCCGAGGUUCGAACCCCAACCAUCGACAGGCUGGCGUCAGAGGGCGUUCUGCUCGACUACAUGUACGCUCAGCCAUCUUGCACCAUGUCGAGGGCGGCGCUGCUGACUGGACGCUACCCUCACACCAUGGGCAUCGAGGAUGUCUUCCAAAUUGAUGAUACCAGGUCAAUACCUGUGGAUAUCAAGUUGCUGCCUCAGUACCUUAAGGACCAAGGGUACAAGACUCACAUGAUUGGCAAGUGGCAUGUGGGUUUGUGUGACUGGAGCAUGACACCGACCAGGCGAGGCUUUGACACCUUCUCUGGAUGUCUCCAUGGCAACAACGAUCAUUACUUGGACUUCGCCUAUGAACGUUUUGAUUUUUGGUCCAAUGAAACACUAGACCAUUCAGUGACAGGUGAGUAUGACACAGAAGUUCUCACACAGAGGACAAUCGAUGUCAUCGUCAACCACAAAGAGAACGGCUUUGAACAACCACUCUUCAUCUACUUGGCUUAUAAGGCCGUGCACAACCCCAUAGAGGCUCCAGACAUCUACAAGAAGAAGUGUCAUCAUAUCCAGGACCCGCUGCUUCGAGACCGUUGUGCUAUGAUGGUUGCUGUUGACGACGGCGUAAAAAACAUCACCGACACUUUGGAGCGCGAGGGCUACCUGGACCAACCUCUGCUGCUUAUUUUCAUGAGUGACAAUGGAGGCUCCACACCGUAUGGUGCAAGCAACUGGCCCCUAAGGGGAAAGAAAGCUACACCUUUUGAGGGUGGAACCAGGGUCCUGGCUUUUCUUCACAGCCGACAGCUGUUGCCGGGUGCUCCUCGGGUGUACAACGGACUUCUUCACAUCACUGACUGGCUGCCUACCCUACUCACACUCGCCAACAACUCAUUUACACACAAAGACCUUCCUGACAUAGAUGGCAUAGACCAGUGGACAUCCAUAAAGUCCAACAAACCCAGCAAGCGAGACAGACUGGUGUAUCAGUUGUGGGAGGAGGAAGCAGGUGUCAGGGUGGACAACUUCAAACUUGUCUAUUAUAAAGGUGGUAAAUGUUACGGUUGGCUCAACCCUCCUCCUGGGGUUAAGACUGAUCUACCCGAAGAGCUGCCUCACUUCACAGGGUACAUGCUGUUUGACUUGGAUGCCGACCCAAACGAAACGACCGACCUGUCUGAAGACCCGAGGUACGCCCACCACUUGAAGGUCCUGAAACACUAUUACAACAGCGAAAUAAAGAGAAGAGUACCUACUCAGAUCCCCAUUUUCAAUCCUAACCUGCCUUCCCAUGGUGCAGAUUUUGAACCCGGAUGGUGUACAUCAGAAUGA